AUGUCUUCCCAUAAUCUAUCUGCACUUUGUGUUCGCACUCUAAAAUGUCGUUACAGUAUCAGCUGCCUGGCAGUCCACAAUAACUUACUAUACGCUGCAUCCAUCAAUGAAAUCAACGUCUACGAUUUAUCCAAUUACACCCAGGUAGAUGUCUUCAACGGUGACUAUUCCACUUCUGGGUUUGUCAAGUCAAUAGUCUUCAAAGGUAUAAACAUCUUUACCGCUCAUCAAGACUGCAAGAUUAGGAUCUGGAAAAUAACACCCAACAAGCAACACAAGCUCGUCUCCACAUUACCCACCGUUAAAGACCGUUUUCUCCGUUUCAUGUUGCCAAACAACUAUAUUACCAUUAGGCGUCACAAGAAGCGGCUUUGGAUCGAGCACUGCGACACCGUUUCGAGUUUAGUGGUUAACGGUGGGUUAGUGUAUUCAGUUUCAUGGGACAAGAGCUUGAAGAUAUGGAACCGCAAGAAUCAUCGGUGUUUACAGUCUGUGAAAGCACAUGAAGAUGCUAUAAACACGAUGGUGGUGUCGGAGAAAGGAACAGUUUAUACAGGUUCUGCUGAUGGGCGUAUCAGGAUUUGGGAGAGAGAUGAUAAGGAGAAGCGUCACAGCUUGGUGGCCACCCUGGAGAUGCACAAAUCCACCGUUAAUGCACUUGCAAUCAAUGGUUACGGAUCUGUGUUGUUUUCCGGUGGUUGUGAGGGUUCGAUCUUGGUUUGGGAGAAGGAAGAUAGUGAGCGUCGCAUGGGAUUGGUGGAGGCGUUGUGGGGUCAUACUGGGGCCAUAUUGUGUAUGAUCAACGUACGGGAAUUGUUGGUGAGUGGAUCAUCGGAUCAGACGGUGAGGGUGUGGCGACGUGGGAAGGAGGGUGGGUACAGCUGUCGGGUAGUAUUACCGGGGCAUGCAACUGCAGUGAAGUCGGUGGUUGCCGUGUCAAGAAACGGUGUCGCUUCAGUUUGUAGUGGAAGCGUUGACGGAGUUGUUAAAGUGUGGGAGAUCUCUACUCCAAAUACUAGCUCUUUUUAA